AGGGAGAAGGCACCUGAUGCAGCUGAUCUUUCAGCAGAGCUGAUGGAAGGAACUCUGCUUCUCAUGUCUCCCAAUGAGGCAGCCUGCUGGAAUGGAUGCUACCAGGUGCCAGAUGAGGGAGAGAAGGCCUGGUGGAGCUAGGUCUGGUGUAUAAAGCCCUCCAUAGCUCAGGGGCAGGAUAUCAGAGGUCCUUCUGUUGUAUAGAGUGCCCAGAUCUCUGCAGCCUGUGGAUGGGGCUUUUCUCACAGUAUCACAACCUGCUGGGUUGGGGUGCAGAGGAGGGCUUCUCAAAAUGCCCAUGAUGUGGAAUGUCCUCUCCAUGGAGGAAAUUGCUGCCUAUCUAAUAACAUUUGAGAAACAUGAAGAAUGGCUAACAACCUCCCCUAAAACCAGGCCUCAGAAUGGCUCUAUGAUCCUGUACAACAGGAAGAAGGUGAAAUACAGGAAAGAUGGAUAUUGCUGGAAGAAGCGGAAAGACGGGAAGACCACCCGAGAAGAUCACAUGAAGCUGAAGGUGCAGGGAGUGGAGUGCCUGUAUGGUUGUUACGUUCAUUCUUCAAUCAUCCCCACUUUCCACAGAAGGUGCUACUGGCUUCUUCAGAACCCGGACAUCGUGCUGGUCCACUACUUGAAUGUACCCGCCAUCGAGGACUGUGGGAAGCCAUGUGGCCCCAUCUUGUGCUCCAUAAACACGGACAAGAAGGAGUGGGCGAAAUGGACAAAAGAGGAGCUGAUUGGCCAGCUGAAGCCAAUGUUUCACGGCAUCAAGUGGACCUGCAGCAACGGGAACAGCAGCUCAGGCUUCUCGGUGGAGCAGCUGGUGCAGCAGAUCCUGGACAGCCACCAGACCAAACCGCAGCCUCGGACGCACAACUGCCUCUGCACUGGCAACUUGGGCGCAGGUAGCAGCAUGCACCACAAGUGCAACAGUGCCAAGCACCGCAUCAUCUCACCAAAGGUUGAGCCGAGGUCAGGUGGGUACAGCGCCCACUCCGAGGUGCAGAACAACGACGUCUCCGAAGGGAAGAAUGAGCACAGCCACAGCAAGUCCUCCAGCAGGGAGAAGCGGAACGGGAAAGUGGCCAAGCCCGUGCUGCUGCAUCAGAACAGUACAGAGGUCUCGUCGACCAAUCAGGUGGAAGUCCCCGACACCACGCAGAAUUCUCCGGUCUCCAUCAGCAGCGGGCUGAACAGCGACCCGGAUGUGGCGGACAGCCCUGCGGUCACUGGGGUCUCCAGCAUGGCCGUGGCCUCAGUGAUGGGGAACUUGUCGCAGAGCGCCACGGUCUUCAUGUCCGAUGUCACCAGCGAGGCUGUCUAUGCCAUGUCGCCCACCACGGGCCCCAGUCAGCACCUCCUCUCCUCGGAUGCCGCUGCACAAGGGCUGGUCCUAGCCGUGAGCUCUGACGGCCACAAGUUCACCUUCCCCACUGCCAGCAGCUCAGAAGGUCUCUCCAUGUUGCCCGCCAGUGUCUCCGAAGAGCUUGUGCUCUCCACCACCCUUGACGGCAGCAGGAAGAUCCCAGAAACCACCAUGAACUUUGACCCCGACUGCUUCCUCAACAACCCUAAGCAGGGGCAGACGUACGGAGGGGGCGGCCCAAAGGGAGACGGCCUCAGCCCCACCAUCAGGCAGUCGCCCACGGCAGAGCGUGGCGGGUUCAACUUCAGCACGGCCCUCACAAAGGAGAUUAAAACGGAGGACACCUCCUUCGAGCAGCAGAUGUCCAAAGAAGCGUUCUCGUCCUCUUCUUCGUCCAACGCGCUCACCCUCACAGCCGGCUCCGGGUUGCUCCCCUCUGGCGGAGGCCUCAGCCCCAGCACCACCCUGGAACAAAUGGACUUCAGCGCCAUCGACUCCAACAAGGAUUAUGCCUCCGGUUUCAGCCAGGCGGUCCAGAGCCCCCACGUCCACCAGACCCCUUCCCCCAGUUUCUUCCUGCAGGAUGCUAGCAAGUCUCUGUCUCUGGAGCAAAACAGCCACAGCACCUUGAGUGACGCAAGCAGCUCUUUUGCCAGCCCUUUGGGGCUCCCCAGCGUGAAGACUGAGGCUUCCUCCCAAAGCACCUCCAACUGCAACGGUGUGGGGGAAGCCCAGAUUGAGUCCACCUCCUCGCUCCAGCUCAUGCAAUUCCAGGCAAACUUCCAGACUAUGUCAGCCGAAGGGGAAGUUCCAAUGGAGACCUCGCCCCAGGCAGAUGGCAACGAAAACCUGCUGAAAUCCGGGGAGCUCCAGCCGUGUGGCACAGAGCACUACAUGCAGCCCGAGACCAAUGGCGGCAGCCUGCGGAAUGGGAACGGCCUCCCCAUCCUCCAAGGGAAUAUGGUGCAAGGCCUCUACCCUGUUGCCCACCCAGGUUUACACAACUCCUCCAAUAUGGAACUGAGCUUGGACCACUUUGACAUCUCCUUCAGCAACCAGUUUUCUGACCUGAUUAACGACUUCAUCUCGGUGGAAGGCGGGAGCAACACCAUCUAUGGGCACCAGCUGGUAGCCGGAGAGAGUGCUGGUCUGUCUCAGCCGGAGGACGGCAGCCGGGCGUCGUACAGCCAAGCGGAGAUGUGCAUUCCCUGCUGCAGCCCUCAGCAAGCCAACCUGCACCUGAGCAGCACGGAGAACGGGGCCAGCACCAUGGCAUACAUGCACGUGACGGAGGUGGUGGCGGCGGCUGCGCAGAGCACCCUGGGCAUGCUCCAGCAGAGCGGGCGCCUCUUCAUGGUGACGGAUUACUCGCCAGAGUGGUCUUACCCUGAGGGAGGCGUGAAGGUGCUGAUCACAGGGCCUUGGCAGGAGGCCAGCAACAGCUACAGCUGCCUGUUUGACCAGAUCUCCGUGCCUGCCUCCUUGAUACAGCCAGGGGUGCUGCGCUGUUACUGCCCAGCUCACGACACUGGGCUUGUCACUCUGCAAGUGGCCUUCAACAAUCAGAUCAUCUCCAAUUCAGUGGUCUUUGAGUACAAAGCACGCGCAUUGCCCCCCUUGCCUUCCGCCCAGCAUGACUGGCUGUCCUUGGACGAGAACCAGUUCAGGAUGUCUAUUCUGGAGCGGCUUGAGCAGAUGGAGAGGAGGAUGGCUGACAUGACCGGGUCCCAGCAGCACAAGCAGCAAGGCCCAGGUGCCGGUGGGGGCAACAGCAGUGGCAAUGGAGGUAGCCAAGCACAGUGCAUCUCAGGGGCAGCCGCCUUGGGGAACUGCUUUGAGAGCCGCGUGGUGGUCGUCUGCGAGAAGAUGAUGAGCCGGGCUUGCUGGGCCAAGUCCAAGCACCUCAUCCACUCCAAGACCUUCCGGGGAAUGACUCUCCUGCACCUGGCAGCAGCCCAGGGCUACGCCACCCUCAUCCAGACCCUCCUCAAAUGGCGCACCAAACAUGCCAAUAGCAUUGACCUGGAGCUGGAAGUGGACCCCUUGAAUGUUGACCACUUCUCAUGCACCCCCCUGAUGUGGGCAUGUGCCCUGGGCCACCUGGAUGCCGCUGUCGUCCUGUACAAGUGGGACCAGCGCGCCAUCUCUAUCCCCGACUCCCUCGGGAGGCUCCCCUUGGCCAUCGCACGCUCUCGGGGCCAUGUGAAGCUGGCUGAGUGUCUUGAGCAUUUGCAGCGGGAGGAGCAGGCCCAACUCAGGCAACCCCCCCAGAUCCCUUGUCCUUCCCAUGAGGAGCCCAGCAGUGAGAACUGGAUUGCCCAGUGGCACAGCGAGAUGGUGGCCUCUCAGGAGCCCCAGAAGGGGGUCACGGUGGUUUCCACUUCCAAUACAGAGCUGAGGCGGCCACGGUCGGAGCCCUCCAGUUACUACAGCAGUGAGAGCCAGAAGGAGUAUCCAGCACCCAAAAAACACAAACUGAACCCCGAACCCUUCUCCACUCGGCAGGAGAAGCUCCUUUCAACCGCCCUGAGCUUGGAGCAGCCGAGUGCCCGGAAGCCACGCUCCAGCGCUAAGCAAUCCCUCCCGGAGACAAUCAGCCCCAGGCAUGGGGUGCGGGACUAUUCGCGGGAGCUGGUCUCAGAUGUGGCCGGGUACCAGGGCCCCAGUGGGCAGGCAGGGGUCCCGUGGAGCCCAAAGGAGGUGUACGUUGGUGUGCCUGCACUGCAGGGGGCGGGCAGCCCUAAGGGGCUGGCGCUGGGGAAGGACACGGGGGCCCAGCGGCUGCACCAGCGGGAACAGAUGAGCGUGCUGAUGAUGGCAGAGCGGGAGGCGGUGGACACCGAGCUUCUCUCCUUCCAGGACAGCACAGGAAGUGAGGAGUGCUUGCAUCACAUGGAUGACUUGCAGGUGACCAUGAUGACUCUAGCAGAGCACAUCAUUGAAGCGACCCCAGAGAGGAUAAAGCGGGAAAACUUUGUACCAAUGGAGACGCCACCAGCCGAGAGGAUGGACAGCGCCCCCAUUGGCACCUCGAUGAGCUGGCUGGCCAGUUACCUCGCAGAUGUCGACCACUUACCAAGCGCUGCUCAAAUGAGAAGCCUGUAUGUUGGACCCCUGACCCCUUCUUCCAACACCAGCCUGAGCCCUGCAAGCUCACCAGUCAGUGAAGCGCCGUUUGAGAAGCCCAGACUCCCUUCGGCCACAGACUGGUCAGAAUUCCUAAGCGCCUCCACCAGCGACAAAGUUGAAAAUGAGUUUGCGCAGCUGACCCUCUCUGACCACGAACAGAGGGAACUCUACGAAGCUGCCAAGCUGGUCCAGACAGUCUUCAGGAAAUACAAGGGACGCCCCCUCCGGGAGCAACAGGAAGUGGCCGCUGCUGUCAUUCAGCGUUGUUACCGGAAAUACAAGCAGUAUGCACUUUAUAAAAAGAUGAUACAAGCUGCCAUCCUCAUCCAGAGCAAAUUCCGAAGCUACUACGAGCAGAAGAAAUUCCAGCAGAGCCGGAGAGCCGCAGUCCUGAUCCAGCAGUUCUACCGCAGCUACAAGGAAUGCGGCAAGAGGAGACAGAGUUGCAGGACGGCUGCUUUUGUGCAGCAGAAGCUUAGAGGCAGCCUGCUCACCAAGAAGCAGGACCAAGCUGCUCGCAAGAUCAUGCGUUUUUUACGACGCUGCCGCCACAGAGUGAAAGAAUUGAAAAAGGCCAAGGGACUUGAAGAACGAGGUGGCGGCAGCAGCAGCAUCCCAUAGCAAUGUGACAUUGCUUUUCAGACUGUUUUCAUUUUCUGUUUUUAGCAGAAACAUGCAACAACAAUUACAAAAAAAAUGAUUUAAUUAUUAAAAAAAAAAGAAACUGACUGCAGUGCCGAGAAUUUCGACUGCAGGAUUUUAAUGGUAAUGUUUAGUCAUUACAUUUGCACUUUCAUGGACAACUUUUAAUUUGUUCAGCAAGACAUCUCGGAACUCAAAUCUUUGGUUGGAUCAUGGGGGGGAAAAGUGACAUGACCCAGAAGGCGUUUUCAUGAGUUGCUUCAUUCCUCUCAAAUAUGAAAAAAGAGAAGCAAUUAAUUAUCCUUUUCAUAUAGGGCUGUAUUAAAACAAAACAAACCAUGUGUGGAACUGUACAAACAUAAUACCAAAAAAAAGCAAAAAUCCCACAACCCAAGAAUGCUAUUCCUGCACCUGUCAAUCAUCUCCAAGACCCGGAAACAUUGGGAUUCUCUGUGGAAAAGUGUUGCUUGCCUUGGGUCUUGCUCGGGUCCUCCAUCCUUCCUCCUCCCUCCUCCUCCCUCUUCCUCCAUCAUCUCCUUUGCACACGUGUGUCUUUCUGUUCUUCAUCGAGUCUUUGCAACUUUUUAGAUCUGCUGGUUUUCAAUGUAUCCCGUGGGACUUUUCCCAGAAAGCUGUCAGUGUUUUUAAGGCAAACGGGUAUUUUGCAAGAGGGUGGGAUGGGGGGGCGGGGGGGAGAGAAUGGGUGAGCAGCUCAAGCAAAAAGAUCCUUUUGUUUCGGUGUUUUUCUUCCCCCCCCCCCUCUCUCUCUCUGUCUCGCCUUCAAGUAUAUCAACUGCCAUAUGCACUUCUCAUAUUGGGCACUUUAUUUUCUGGCCUUACUUCACGCAAGAUUUUUACUUAUUUAAUUACAAUGAUUUGUAAAGCAUUUUGGUAACCUGCAGACCUCUUGUUCGACCGAAGAGUCACGUGCAAAUCAGCUGACUGGACAUUUCUACCACCGAAGGGAGCAUUCAUUGUGGUGCUGCGUUCCGGCCAGUAAAUUUCUUGUUUUGGCUAUUUCAUCUAAAAAAAGAAAACCUAGGCAGUUUCUGUAUAUAGAGAGAAGGUAGAAAUGAAAAUGAGAAAUAAAUAUUUGAAAGGGAAUAUAUUGAUUAAUUGCUAAAUAUUUUAUUCACAAAGGGUCAAUAACUUGGCAAGAGAAAUUUGCGUAUUUGUACAGUUUUGUCUGAAUGAACGAGAAGAGUGGAUGUUUGUACAUAUUGUAUAUACUAAAACAGAUGUGCAUGAAUUCAAGGGAAAAAAGAAAUGAAAAGCAAAGCAUUAGUGGCUUAUGGUCUGUAAAAUGAAACAAAAAAACUUUAUUUCACUAUAAGAAACUUUAUUUUAAAUGUUCUUUAGAAGAACAUUUUGCUAAAGCAUGAUUAAACUGCAGAAGCAAAAGAGCUAAAAUGUAUUUAGACUUAGGAAAAAACGCAAAGAAACAUUACUUUUUAAAAAAAGAGUUAUGUUUACAUUUGAUUUUGGCUACCAGGAGUUUAUUUGAAUUUCUUUUAAUCUUCUUGGUUACCUUUUUAAUAUUUUAUUUAAUUUCUCCUUUUUUGCCAAUGGUGCCAAGUAAAGUGAAUGCUAAUAUUGCUUAAGAAAAAUUAAGUUAUUUUGCAAAGCAGAUAAUCAUAAGAAUACAAAAUUGUAUCUAGCUUAACACCAUACACUCUCACUCCAAUAAAGAACACUUAGAAUGAACAUAAACUAAAAAAUAAAAAUAAAAGAAAAAGAAAUAGUAUGAAAGUAGAAAAAUAUGUUUCACAUAUCCAUAUUUCCUGCUGGAAGUCAGACAAUGUACUAAAAUUGCACACAAUUCUUUUUUAAAAAGUAAAAAAUUUAAAAGAUGCAAGCAGGUUUUGUAGGGGUGUCAUGGAAUAUUGCUAUUUCCACAUAGACAGGAGCCAAAGAAAUCUGUUUUAAAUGAGUCACUUCGAUUCUGAAGCUGAUGUGAAAUGUAGACACUGGGAAGCGGGGGGAGGGAAUCCUGAUUUUCAACUGCACUCUGCUGCGGAGGAAGUCCAGUGGAGUAAUUUGGCUUUUGACUUGGUGUUGGUCUGGUUAGAGGUGGGGGGGUCUGCCUGCCUGCUCCCUCCUUCCCAUCGGCACACCCACCCCACCCCACCCCACCCCCCGCUAGUUCCAGUUGAACCAUUACGGAGGGGUGAGUUGGUUGGUCCAGCCUUUCUAACUGUUUGGUUUAUGGAAUAGUAACUGUUCUUGCUUGAUCCCAGGCCACCAGAGGAAACGUUUAGUCUUGCUCAGAGGCUUGUUGCAAAGCCUAAAAAUAUAAUUCUGUGAAGUUUUUCAACUGGUGUCUUUAAAAAAUUUAAACACACAAAGAUUGUGGCAAAAAAAAACCCCACCCACCAACAAUCCAUAGAACAAACGCCAACCUGGGGUCAGAGCUCUCGGUGCCUUUUCUAGCGUUAAAAUUGUAUCUCUCUCUUUAAUUGCUUUCUUUCUCUGCCAAGACGGAAAACUAACUGCGGUGUAUGUGUGCUGAAGCUCAGGCUCAGAACUCUGUGCAUUUGUUGACUGCUGUUUGAUGGCCCAAUUCAGGAAAUGGGAAAAACACAAACCACCCAAACCAGGGCCCGGGCCCCAGGCCAGACCUGAGGCCCUUUGUACAUGGGCGCAAAGAGACAGGAGUAGGCAAGGAGGGACACUUGCUUUGGCAGGCUUGUUCUUCGGGGAGGGGAGGAGAGAACAGGGUGCAAACAAUGUGCAUUUUGACUGGCUCUGGACUGACGUUGCUUUCCCCCUUGAGGAGAGCACUGACCUCAUUGGCCAUUUUUGAGCCUGUCUCCAUUUGUCCUAAGGGGUUCCAGAGCCUGUGCUAUCCUGAGGUGUUUCAACUUCAACCCUUCCAGAUCUACAGGCUUGGUGGUGCGUUGAGCGAGUGGCAGCCUGGUCCCUCAAGGUGCUGUGCUGGCGGGAGCCCCCCUGGCAAAGGAGGAAUUGCUUGUGCCAGCAAGGCAGGCUGAGGGUCAUGGCUGUCAUUCCCCCCCCCGCUUGUUCCUCAUAGAGCAUGGGGGCGUCCUUGCUGGAAUGGCCUGUGUGUGUAUUCAAGUUUGACACGUGCCAAAAUGCCUUGCUGAAUCAGGGCCAUCACCUUUUGGCAUACCGAUGACCUCAGGCAUGAUUUCUUUAAAAAUGCUCCCAAGUUGUUUUUUUUUCCGCUUGCCCUGGGUUGCAGGACUUGGUUAGAAACAGGAAGAUCCCUCCGGGCUGCCCUCCUGAAUAAUAAUCGAGGUUUCUGAGUGCUUGGGUCCAGGGUCCUCUUGUGUGUCUCCCCAAAAACCAGAAUUGCUCCUUUGUGUGACAUCACAUGUAUGAAACAAACAAUCCUGUGUGAACGAAAUACAGAAUAUAACAUGAUCCCCCUCUAUGGUUGCACGCUUAAUGGCAGUUCCACACAGUAGUUGGUGCCCAAACAGAGGGGAGGGGGUCCCCGAGACUUGCAUGUAAACCUAGUAUAGAUGUCUCUUUUUGUAAGUUUUAUUUUUGUAACUGUGCAUGUUAAAAGCAUCACUGAAUCAAUGGAUCUAUUGAAGAACCCAGCUGCUGGAACCAUGCAAAAUGUUUUGAAUUGCCCUUAAAAUAUGGAAAAUGUUUUCUGAAUGCUUUAUAUUCUUUCUGC